AUGGAAGUGAAAAGACAGAGAUCUACCUCCCGCCCGCGUCAGCCAUCGCGUCCUACGACCCCCCUGAGAUCGAGCUCCAGAACGUCCAUACGCGAUGCACACGGUUUCUCGCUCAGUGGUGGCCCAGGCGGUGGAUCCAGACCGGGUAUAAAUAGUCUAGAGCCUCAAUUUGCCGAGCUGGCGGACGCAAUGGCGGAUUUGGAGGAGAAUUUCGUACAUCUCCAGCUGAUGCAUGAGAGUCUGUCAAGGUUCAACGAAAGCUUUGCCAGCUUUUUAUACGGGCUAAAUAUGAACGCAUUCUGCGUUGAUUUCCCGGAGACGCCUAUCCCAGAGUCAUUUACUCGUUUCAAGCAAAGGGAGCAAGCCAGAGAGAAAGAAAAUGAGCUGCAAGCUGCUUCGGAACAGCAAUAUCAGUCUAGCGCAAACGACGCAGAGGCAACUUUCCUGACUACGGAUACUUCGUUCAUUGAUAAUCCUCCAACCACUACUAAAUCGUCCGUAAGGUACACAACACCUGCAUCGAAGCGAGCCCCUACGACUUCAACACGAGGAUCCAGCACCGGCCGAUACUCAACCAGGGGAGCUUCAACAACCGGCCGACAAAGAGGGACCAGGCUGGCACGCCCAAGAGGCCGGGGUAUACGCUGA